AUUAAUUCAAUUCGUGCGAUCAUGUCGAACCUAUCGGUUGUGCUAUUGUUUUUCCAAGCUAUUUGUUUUACAAUAGUUUCGAGUCAGGACUAUCCUUAUCAAGUGUACGUUACUGCAGGAGGAUUUACGUGCGGUGGAACUCUUAUUGCGAAUGAUAUAGUUGUCUCAGCCAUCCUUUGCGCGGACUUUAACAAUAAUUUCAAUGUUAACAAUAAUGAUGCUUUCAAUGUUAACAAUAAUGACGCUUUCAAUGUUGUUGUUCGCUCGGGAAGUUCAGAAACCGAAACAACCGCAACAACCUAUCAAGUUUCUGAUGAUCUUGCCUUGUUUAAGUUAGAUCCUCCGAUUUCAUUUAACGAAUUUGUUCAGCCUAUCCCGAUAGCAGAUCGUAACCCCAUCGCAGGUGAUAGUUGUGUCGUACCCGGCUGGGUGGAAACAGACGACGCCAUUUCAAUCGAUGUCCAAUUGACAAAUGUUGUUAUCCUCGCUAAACCCGUAUGCCAAUCAUUGUCGCUGAUUCCUCUAUUAAAUUUACAACGUUUGUGUGUCUUGAACGUCGGUGCUUGCGUGAAUGAUUUAGGCGCACCAUUGGUCUGUAAUGGAAAACUUUCUGGCGUUAGUGUAGGGACUAGUGGAUGUGUUGCCGGGGUGCCUCAAGUUUAUGCAGACGUUGAUGCUAUUCGAGCUUUGCUUGCAGCCGCCAACCUAUGACAUGCCGGAUUCAACAUUUCUUGGAGUUUCUUGAAUGUUUGAAUGUGGGGGAUUGUCUCAGUCAAUAUGAAUGUUUGUCAAAACUUUCUUUUUGAAACAUUAAAUGUACAACUUCUCGUUCGA